AUGGCUGAGAGUAUCACCGGAGCAGAGCUUGUUGCUCGAUCACUAAAGUCCUUAGAGAUAGACACUAUAUUUGGUCUGACUGGCUAUCCCAUCACGGCUAUUGGAGAAGCAUCUAUCGAUCUCGGCAUACGUUUCUUGGGUUUCAGGAAUGAACAAGCCGCUUCAUACGCUGCCACAGCCUACGGGUACCUGACCGGCAAACCAGGCUGUCUCCUCGUAGUUGGCGGACCUGGCGUAAUCCAUGCCUUAGCCGGAGUCAUCAACAGCAGCGGCAACUGCUUCCCUCUCCUCAUGCUUGCGGGCUCCAGCGAGACAUAUUUGUUGACGAAAGGAUCAUUUCAGGAACUCGACGCCGUUUCCCUGCUGACUCCGCAUGUCAAGACCGCUGUUCGAUGGACGAACAAGGACAACGCAAUCGAUCCGAUCGCUAAAGCGUAUAGAACAGCGUGGUAUGGACGUCCAGGUGCCGUAUUUGUCGACAUGCCUGCAGACCUGCUUCGAAGCAAAGUAGACUUCAAGCACCAACCAAGGAUAGCGAUUCCCCCACCACCAGCCCCUUUUCCAGACAUAGAUAGAGUCUCAAGGAUCGCACAGGUCUUACAAAACGCAAAAGCUCCUCUCGUCCUCAUUGGAAAGGGUUGUGCCUACGCCAGGGCAGAGGACAGCCUUCGUCAAUUGAUUGACACUACGCAACUACCCUUCGUACCAUCGCCUAUGGGCAAAGGCGUGGUCCCAGACUCACAUCCCUGCAAUGUUUCCUCUGCUCGUUCCAGCGCCCUUCGCAACGCCGACGUGAUCCUCGUCCUCGCAGCAAGACUAAACUGGAUCUUCCACUUCGGCGAACCACCCAAGUUCAGCCCAACAGCCCGCCUAAUCCAAGUCGACAUCGACGCAGAUGUAAUCGGCCAAAACCGCGGAGACGCAGAACUCGGUGUUGUGUCCGACAUAACCAAGUUCGCAGCGCAACUACAGAUCGAACUGAGUAAAUGGCAAUAUCCCAACAACACGCCCUACUGGCACCGCCUCCGACAAGAAAAAACCCUCAACGAAACGAAACAAUCCCACCUCGAACACCUCCACCUCCAACCCCUCAAAAUCGAAAACGCCUUCUACCACAUCCGCACCACCCUCGACAACCUCAGCCCACCCGCCGACGGCAGAAUCGUCUACAUCGCCGAAGGAGCCCGCACAAUGGAUACGUCCCGGACGUGCUUCUUCCAAGAACAUCCCCGCCUGCGCCUCGACGCCGGGACGCACGGUACGAUGGGCGUGGGGAUGGGUUAUGCGAUUGCCGCGUGGGAGGCGUACAAUGGUCCACAUGCUACGGCGAGGUCGGGGAUGGCUGGGAGGAAGAAAGUUGUGUGUAUUGUGGGGGAUUCGGCGUUUGGGUUUUCGGGGAUGGAGGUGGAGACGAUGGCGAGGUUUGGGAUGGAUGUUUUGGUUUUUGUUAUGAACAACGGCGGCGUCUACCACGGCCACGCGAACAGCAGAGAGGAAUGGCAAGCCCAGCACGAAGCCACUAAACGAGGCGACGGUGCGAAUGGUCUACGUUCAUGGAGUCUGGGAUACGAAACCCGCUACGAUCUUGUCGCAGACGCUGUCGGCGGCAAAGGAUACUUCGUCCGAACAUCAGAUGAGCUGAUCAAAGCAACGGAAGAAGGCUUCCGAACCAACGUGCCCGUGAUAAUAAACGUGUCUAUGGAAUCUGGACGCGGGUCCGUUGCGGUCUUUGGAUUCGAAGUCCCACCGCCAUCGAAAUCGAAAGAUACGAAAUUGUAG